AUGGCUACAAGUCCCUUACCUGUUACCAAUGAUAUUCUGCUCGGAUCUCCAUCUAACACAUACCAGCAAGACUCCCUGAACCAAUCAAGGUCUAAUCACUCCAGUAUGAAGCCUAAUCAGGUCAGCCAAGUAAUUCUCUAUGGUAUCCCCAUUGUAUCUCUAGUAAUUGAUGGGCAAGAGAGGCUGUGUCUUGCCCAAAUCUCCAACACACUUCUUAAGAACUACAGCUACAAUGAAAUUCACAACAGGAGGGUAGCUCUGGGUAUCACCUGUGUUCAGUGCACUCCAGUACAGUUGGAGAUACUAAGGCGGGCUGGGGCCAUGCCUAUAUCCUCAAGAAGAUGUGGAAUGAUCACUAAAAGGGAGGCAGAGCGGCUGUGCAAAUCCUUCCUUGGCGAAAACCGACCACCUAAACUUCCAGACAACUUUGCAUUUGAUGUCACUCAUGAAUGUGCCUGGGGUUGCAGGGGGAACUUCAUCCCAGCUAGGUAUAACAGUUCUAGAGCAAAAUGUAUUAAAUGUACCUACUGCAAUAUGUACUUUUCACCAAAUAAGUUCAUCUUCCAUUCCCAUCGUACCCCUGAGGCAAAAUACACCCAACCAGAUGCUGCAAACUUCAACUCCUGGAGAAGACACUUAAAGUUAAGUGAUAAAACUCCUCCAGAUGAAAUGGUCUUUGCAUGGGAGGAUGUGAAAGCCAUGUUUAAUGGUGGAAGCCGUAAGAGAGCUCUUUCUCAUGGACAUUGCUCUUCUCUGUCCUCUGUCAAGACAUCUAAUGGAGUUUUGCCACACAUGCUAGGGCAAGAUUUAAAUCAGAAGAGGACAAGGUUUGAUGAAGAGGAAGAUAUAGAGACUUCUAGCAUACCAAACAAAACCCAGCGAAGUUACCCUGUCAUCCCAGUCCCUAGCAAGGGGUUUAGCAUGCUACAGAAGUUCCCUGCUAGUACACUUUUCCCAAAUCCAUACACGUUCCCUGCCUUUGGUCUCUGUCAAAAGAAAGAUGAUAGUGACGCAGUAAAUGGCCAAAAGACAGGUGCUCUCUCAGGAUUAUUUUGGCCUGGAAGGAAAGAUGCAUUUUAUCCCCCAUUCUGUAUGUUUUGGCCACCAAGGACCACAGGGGGUCUCCCAGUACCAACCUAUCUCCAACCUCAACCCAGUGCUCUUACCUCUAUCACAGACAACCCUACACUGAGGCAGGCAUUUCUAGAGCUGUCUGACCAAAGUGAUGGGAGCAGCAUUAGCAACACUGGAGAUAACCACUUUGAGACUGACUGUUCAAGUUCUCCAGUUGCAACUGACAUUAGAACAUCAUCAGACGUUAGAACAAAUGUUUUGGAUGUACCAACUUUCUCUAUCAGAAAACAAAGUUACCACUCAGCUUUCAGGCCUGUGGUCAAAGAUACAGAGAGCAUUGCCAAGCUUCAUGGUAACAUGGAGGACUUUGCUUCUGAUAGACACAUAUCCCCUGGUACCAGUUGCAGUUACCAAAGUGACAGCUCAGACACAGAUGAAGAACAAGAGGUGGAUGUGGAUGUGGAAUCUAAUAAACAACCUGAUGAAGAAGAAGAAGAAAGUCUUAGCAGCCGGUUCCUCCAGAGCAGAGGACUGGCAGAGACCACAGACAAAAAUUGCAAAGAAAUAUCUCCCUUCCACAGCUCCAGAAAUGAAACACAUGGGGAGAAAAUGGAAAGCACAGAACAUUCUUCUCCUACCCCAAAAGACUCAAGCCCCCGUCAUACAUCACUGGAGGAGCCCUGCUACAAAGAUACGCAGAAAAGCAAAGAGGACAGCAUCAGCUUAUCUUCAAAAGAAGAUUCUUUUACAGAUAAAAGCAAAGAGAUGCAUUUCUUCAUUGCAGAAUCAGAGCCAUCUGGAGGUGAAUUCUGGAGAGAGAUUGCAGGAGAAGGCAGUCACGAAAACAGUACGAGCCAUACAUUAAAAAAGGAUUUAGGAAGCAUGGGGAAAGAAGAGCUCCAGAAAGUCUUGUUUGAGCAAAUAGAUUUACGCAGGAGACUGGAGCAAGAAUUUCAAGCGUUAAAAGGAACGCCUUCAUUUCCCGUUUUCAACAAUUUCCAUGAUCAGAUGAAAAGAGAAUUGGCAUACAGGGAAGAAAUGGUACAACAACUCCAGAUUAUUCCUUAUGCAGCAAGUUUAUUAAGGAAAGAAAAGAUUGGCACUCAUCUCAGCAAAAGCUAAAAGCUGUGACUCCAGAUCUGAAAGAGGAAAAUCCUUUUUUUUUUCUUUUUUUUUUGUAAAAAAUAAAAAAAUAAAAAAUAAAAUGAACAUUCAACUUGUAUAAAGACUGAGACGCAAAAGAAC